CUUGAUUAAGACAUGUCCCUGCGUCCAAUAAACUGGACGGAAGCUAUCUCUGCAAAGUUUUCCCAUAUCUCGCAAGUUUUCUCCGUGAGAUAAGAUUCGUGGAGCUUCGGAUAGUACCCCUUGUCAAAAACCGUCUUAGCGUGGAUUUUGGGCCCCAAAAAGAGGAUCAGGGACCCACAACGGGAUUGCCUGUGAUUCUUGUCAUAAUUGUGUCACCAUCCCAGUCAGCUUGUAUAUUUUUUGUCGUUAUGAUUGCGGAUAUUGUCUUGUGUAUAUCGUAAAGGUGUGACAGGUAGUGUGACACGAGAGGUCCCUCUUGACCACCCGUAUCGAUAAUUUUUGGACAAAUUUUGGACUCUGUUGGAACUUGGGCAGUGUAAUAAACACUCUGCGAUCAUUUAUGUAUAAUUAACAGAGUUGGUAUAAUGUGAUAGACUUAUUUGUGUGUGUACAUGUAUCUCUAACUAGUUUGAGCGGAAAAUUUGAAAAUGUUGGAAGUCGAGGGAUUUAGAAGAAGCUUUCCUAAUCCAGGAUUUACUCAAUCGCACCAGAUUAUCUACCCUGGCACGAGCGAAGCACCGCUUCAUCCGGUUUCACAUCAUCCAUUUUUUCCUUCGAAUCAAGGACAACCAUGGUUACAGGAGCGCGAGGCAGAGAGACGUACUCAGUCACCUGACACCGGCAGCCAAUCAGGAGACGAGGAUGAAGAUGAUGAGUAUCGGCCAUUCACCCCGCCCCCACCCCGGGAACGAUUGAGCUACACCCGUUAUCAGCUGGAGCUACUGAACGGCAUCUACAAUCACGUGAGGUACCCAAACAGUACCCAGAAACAGCUGAUCGCCAAACGCGUCGGCAUCACCAGGGAACAGGUCAAGAUCUGGUUCCAAAACAGAAGAAGGAAAGAUGUUGUUAGUAAACAGGAUGACAAACCAAAAUCUGAUGAUGCUAGUCCCGAGAGCAAGAGUGAGAUUUGUGAUGACAAAAGUAACCAUAGCGACAAGACCGAAAAUGGCGACAGUGACUCGGGAGUCAGCGACACCGGAAGUGGUACGGACGAACAGGAAAAAUCAAUGGUCCCAACAAUUGUGCUCAAAGGUAUAAUCGCGGAAUUGCACAAGUUUGAAAAGGACGCUCUUAAACCUAAAAAGAAAGCGAAAAAGAAAACGAAAGCUAUGAAGAAAAAGGAACUGAAGUCCAAUCUCGCCAAUGCAUUGUUGCAUGGCGGCUUCGAUGUUGUGAAUCCUCCCAACCAAAUCGUGCCGUCUGCCACUGGACAAAGACUAGUUAAUAAAUUUUCUCAUUGCUCAAAAUCAUCAGCAUUCGAAUCUCCUCGCGAUUCUUCCAAGACUGUGACGCCCAGUUUCUUUGACUAUAGCUCGAUGGGUAGUGCCGCCAUGUUGCGGAGUCCCACGCGCGCAUACAUGUCGAACACUCUCGGCCUUCCGACGAGUGCCCUGGGGUGUGAUCUGCCGGUGUUAUCAGACUUACUGACCGCGAGUAGUGAGCAAAGGAAGGAGCACAACGAAUCUCGAAACAUUCCAUGUAGAAACUCACAAAUCCCGACAGAGCGGGACCGACGAGGGGAGAUCAUCAGCCACCCCCAUUUCCCUUCACCUUACUCCAAUCCAUUUGGAUACAUUUAUCCGUACCAUUUCCUAGCUGAGCCCGGGAUUAUGCUUUCGUCGCUGCGGCAUUCGGAACCUUACAGACAUUACGGACACUACCCACCUAUUUUCUGUUCGGAACCCUCCUCUUUCCAUCAGAUAUCUCCUGCUCACUUGAGCAACCCGUAUUAUUCUUCAAUGGCACCUCCCCCUUCCUCUCUCCCAUGGAAUAGUCACAACAUUUCGACGUCAUCAUCUAGCGACUCUUCCUAUGAACAGCUAUAGAAAUGGAGGAUUUGUAUAUUACCCUUAUUUUGAAUGACGAAAUAUUUAAUUUCCUACCUCAGAAUGUGUCUGAUAUUUAUUUCGUGUAUAGAGGUGCUACACUUGUUAUAAUACACUUGCAUGAAUUUAGCGAUCUUUGUUUUUGACUAACAUUUCUUUUGUACAGUAUAUAACUACUGUUCAUCAACCAAAUAAAAUAUUCAAAACCAG